AUGUCACUGUCGGUACCGCAGAACGGCGUAAAGGCGGAUAACGAGCCGGUUAUUGAGCUGUUUGUCAAGGCUGGAAGCGAUGGAGAGAGCAUUGGAAACUGUCCUUUCUCCCAACGACUGUUUAUGAUCCUGUGGCUGAAAGGCGUCGUCUUCAACGUCACCACAGUUGACCUCAAGAGGAAGCCUGCAGAUCUGCAAAACCUUGCCCCAGGUACACAUCCUCCCUUCGUCACCUUCAAUGGCGAAGUCAAAACAGAUGUCAACAAGAUCGAAGAGUUUCUCGAGGACAUCCUCUGCCCACCCAAGUACAUCAAACUUGGCGCAAGACACCCAGAGUCAAACACGGCUGGAAUGGAUAUCUUUGCCAAGUUUUCAGCCUUCAUUAAGAACUCCAAACCAGAUGCAAAUGAAGGCCUGGAGCGUGGGCUGCUGAAGACGCUGCAGAAGCUGGAUGAAUAUCUUCGCUCACCCUUGCCUGAUGAGAUUGAUCACAACAGCAUCGAGGAUGUGAAAGUUUCUACCCGCAAGUUCUUGGAUGGAGAGGAAAUGACCCUAGCCGACUGCAAUUUGCUACCAAAGCUUCAUAUUGUCAAGGUGGUGGCCAAGAAAUACAGAGGUUUUGACAUCCCCAAAGAGAUGACGGCCAUCUGGAAGUACUUGAACAACGCCUACACGCGUGAAGAGUUCACCAACACCUGCCCUAGCGACAAGGAGAUCGAGAUCGCGUAUGCGGAUGUAGCCAAGAGGCUUGUCAACUAA